UAUACAGACAUGGACGACACUCUGAACAUUGAAGCAGUCGUCAAAGAUGUGCCCAGAUUCCGAGGGAAUCUUCUAUGCUACGUCGACAAGGGACCUUGCACACCACAAAACUUGGCCUACAAGAAACACUUCAUGGAAAUUGUCAACGACGGAUGCAGGGAGUGCAACGACAGGGAGAGGCACAUGUAUCACGUUUUCCUGAACGCCCUAAAGGAGGAGUUGCCCACCGAGUACCAGGAGUUCAAAGCUAAAUACGACCCCGACGGCAAACACUUCGAAGCCUCCGCCAAGGCGGUUCAAGCUUACUAG